AUGGACUGCAUGGUUGCUUCUCCGAUGGACUCGUCCACCCCGGGCGCCGACGACCACCUCGCUUGCCCCCCGGCGAACGGCAAGUGCUCCCCCAUCCAGAGCUCCCACGCCCCCUCGGCCCCCGCCUCCUCCUCUGAGGCCACCCUCGGCCGCCACCUCGCCCGCCGCCUCGUCGAGAUCGGCGUGGCCGACGUCUUCUCCGUGCCCGGGGACUUCAAUCUCACCCUCCUCGACCACCUCAUCGCCGAGCCUGGGCUCAACAACGUCGGAUGCUGCAACGAGCUCAACGCCGGGUACGCCGCUGAUGGCUACGCGAGGGCGCGCGGGGUCAGCGCCUGCGUCGUCACCUUCACCGUCGGUGGGCUCAGCAUCAUCAACGCGAUAGCAGGGGCAUACAGCGAGAACCUCCCCAUCAUCUGCAUCGUCGGCGGCCCGAACACCAACGAUUACGGCACCAGCAGGAUCCUGCAUCACACCAUUGGGCUGCCGGAUUUCAGCCAAGAAGUGCGGUGCUUCCAGACCGUCACGUGUUAUCAGGCGAUCGUCAAUAAUUUGGAGAACGCGCAUGAGCAGAUCGAUCGAGCCAUUUCGACGGCCCUGAAAGAGUGCAAGCCUGCGUACAUAAGCAUCAGCUGUAAUCUGCCAAGCAUUCCUCACCCAACUUUCAGCAGGGAGCCGAUCCCAUUUUCCCUGCCGCCGAAGAUGAGCAACAAGUUGGGGCUGGAAGCUGCUGUCGAGGCUACGGUCGCCUUCCUCAACAAUGCAGUGAAGCCGGUCCUGAUUGGUGGACCGAAGCUCCGAGUCGCUGAUGCCUGUCAUGAGUUCAUCGAGUUGGCCGACGCAUGCGGCUAUCCCAUUGCAGUAAUGCCGUCCGCGAAAGGCCUCGUGCCUGAACACCACCCUCGCUUCAUCGGCACGUACUGGGGGGCCGUCAGCACUGCCUUCUCUGCCGAGAUAGUCGAGUCUGCAGAUGCCUAUCUGUUCGCGGGGCCCAUCUUCAAUGACUACAGCUCCGUGGGCUACUCGCUCCUGCUCAAGAGGGAGAAGGCGAUCAUCGUGCAGCCCGACCGGGUCGUCGUUGCCAAUGGCCCUGCUUUCGGUUGCGUCCUGAUGAAGGACUUCCUGCACCUGCUUGCGCAGAAGCUGGAGUUCAACUCCACCGCCUAUGAGAACUACCGAAGGAUCUACGUUCCUGAGGGGAUCCCUCUCAAAUGCGACCCUGACGAGCCCUUGAGGGUGAACGUUCUCUUCCAGCACAUACAGAAGAUGCUUUCGCAGGACACAGCCGUGAUCGCCGAGACCGGAGAUUCCUGGUUUAACUGUCAGAAACUCAAGUUGCCCGAAGGAUGUGGGUAUGAGUUCCAAAUGCAGUACGGCUCAAUCGGGUGGUCCGUCGGCGCUACGCUCGGAUAUGCACAGUCAGUGCCAGAUAAGCGAGUCAUCGCUUGCAUCGGUGACGGGAGCUUCCAGGUGACGGCACAGGACAUCUCGACUAUGAUCCGAUGUGGCCAAAAGACCAUAAUCUUCUUAAUAAAUAACGGCGGGUACACAAUAGAAGUUGAAAUCCAUGAUGGCCCAUACAAUGUGAUCAAGAACUGGAACUACACUGGCUUGGUGGACGCUAUCCACAACGGCGAAGGAAACUGCUGGACAGCAAAGGUGCGUUGCGAACGGGAGCUGGAGGACGCAAUCACGACUGCUACGGAGGAGAAGAAGGAUUGCUUUUGCUUCAUCGAAGUGAUCGUCCACAAGGACGACACCAGCAAAGAGUUAUUGGAAUGGGGUUCUCGUGUGUCUGCAGCCAACAGCCGCACCCCGAAUUCGCAAUAGAGUGGCUGCGCUGAGGUUCCCAACUUCUGACGUCGUGCCACUUCCUUAGUUCCAUCAUUUUUCCCUUUUUGUUCGA